AUCUUAUCUUUUUUAUCUGGUAUGCUCUUGAUGACAAAGGGAAUAAAGCCAUUUUUUCGGAGAAUAAGUCUUAUUAAACUUUUUUUUGUGCAUUUUAGGUCUAAUUUGGUGGUUUAAAGUACAGUUUCUGGUCACCCUGUCGAAAUAGAAGUACAGUAUGUAUUGUUGGGGUUUCAUGCAGAGAUUUGCCCAAAGGCUUACCAGGCCUAGCCUUGGUGGCUAUAGUUCCCUCAGUGGAGUAGGAGGGUUCUCUCUUAGUAACAGUAGACCUUAUAUUGCAACAACUCAUCACUGCCAAAUGAUAGUGCCAAAUAUCAACAAGUCACAGAAUUCCAUUAUGUUGUCACUGAAUGUUAACAUGAUGUCAGAGAAUGUUAACAUGAUGUCAAAGAAUGUUAACAUGAUUUCACAGACUAAUCGAAUGCUAAUGAUUCAUUCCAAUGAGACUAAUGUUAAGAGAGAAUCCAAGAAACCACUAUGGGAGAAAGCAAUGCAGGAACUACGUCUUGAAAAGGACCAUCUGAAGUCAGUUGAUGACUGGGAGGAUUUUAAGAGUUCAAUGGUUGACCAAGUAGAUAAUGAACGACAGAGAGAGCGACUAGAGAACACUUGGUAUGUUAGUGUUAUGAGAGCUCUAGGGAGAUAUGGAAAGUAUCAACUUGCUCAAAGUCUCGUUAAAUAUGUUAGACAUAAAGACUUGAAUGAAUCUAUAUUAUUCAUGACAUCAUUCAUGCUCGCAUGCACCAGUAGCAAAAGCCCAGAUGCUGAACAGCAGGUUUUGAAUAUAUACAACAAAAUACUAGAGAAGACUGAGCACUUUGAUAAUAGCACUGGUGCUGAUGUAGUACAUGCUCUUUGUAAGACAUCUCUGUGGGAGAAUAGCUUCAGUAUUAUAGAGAAACUGGACACACAUGGCCCAACACAUCAAAAACUAUAUAGCCAUGUCCUGUCUGCUGCAUUAUGUAACAAAAAUGCCAAAAGGACCAGUGAAGUUCUUGAUAAUUUUACUAAAUUCAACAGCCAACCAUAUGACUUUGUCUACACUGAUGUGAUACGAGGACUGGAUACAGAGGACGGGAAAAGGGCCAUUUAUACUCUUCUAAAUAAAAGUCGACAGAAUAGCUGGGUGCUCUCUAUGAAUGCAGCCAUGAAGCUGAAAGACUUUUUUGAAGGUUUGCAAGAUGAGAAAUGGAGUGGCAGCCUGACUACAGUCAAUGUAAAGGGAGAGUGUACAAGAUGCCACAAGAUCAUGGACCAGUUAGAGCUUGCCCCAGACUACUUUAACACACUGCACAAAGCAUUUGUAGAAUCAUCACUCAUUGAAAAUGUUUUCCUAAAGACAACCCCUGAAGAAAUGACAGUAUUUAAGAAGUUUGUUGAGAAAAAUGGUCCUUUUGACAUAGUGAUCGAUGGAUUAAACAUUCUGCACCAGACAAUCAAAAGCAAGCACACAAACAAAAAGUUCCUCAAAGAACAACAACAGAAAGCUUUUGAUUUCUUGGAAGAUGUAAUUGAAAAGUUGAAUGAUGAUGGAAGGAAAAAGGUGCUUGUGAUAACCAGGAAGCAUGUUAAACAUUGGAACAUACAGAGAGUUAGGUCUAUAAACAAAAUUGUGGAUAUGUUCUUCACGCAAGACCUAUCUGAAGAUGAUUGUUUUAUGUUGUAUGCUGCAUUGUACAGUGGGCCUAACUGCCGACUCUGCUCCAAUGAUGAACUGACUGAUCACAAGUUUGUGAUGCCAGAGGAGCUACGAGAGGCAUUCAUGUUGUGGCAGAGAUCCCAUCAAGUUAUGGUCACAGUGGGUAAGGGUAGGGGUCAACCACUAAUCAAUGACCUACAGAAGUAUGACAUUAGAGUUACAAUGGAUGAACACAAGGGAAGGGUGGUCUCUAUACAUGUACCUUAUGAUGACUUGCAGGACAGGGUGUCCUAUAAACGUCCCAACUCUUGGCUUUGUCUCUCUUCAAUGAGCUAAAGGUCUAAAGAGUUGUAAAUGAAAACAUAAACUUCAUUAAAAUGCAAUAAAAAUACAUGCAAUAGCAUGGAACAAAUGAAUUGUGGUUUUAUGGAAACAAGGUACACAUUAUGAUGUAUGCUCUAUAUACUCUACCACAAACAUCUCUGCCAUCUUUUGACAAAGUUCAUGUUGAUUUCAUCAAUAGAAUUAAGAUAGAGGGUCUAGAAAACCAAUGGUUUAGUACUUUGUAAAAUAUCAUGUACAUUUACAACUGGUGUAUGUGUGGGUAUUCACAUACAUAGAUACUUAUACAAAUCAAUGUUAAAAUCUCCAUAUUUCCAUUAAUAACAUGAAAAGAUCUUGAAUUAGA